AAGGGACCCUCGGCUACGGGGUUUCCCGGCCUGCCCACACAGGCGCCUUCCUUUCUGGCCGGAAAUCGCUGAGGGAGAAGCAGCGACGGUAGCCGCUCCGACUACACCAUGCCGCCAAAGGACGAUAAGAAGAAGAAGGACGCGGGCAAGUCGGCCAAGAAGGACAAGGACCCCGUCAACAAGUCCGGCGGAAAAGCCAAGAAGAAGAAGUGGUCCAAAGGGAAAGUAAGAGACAAGUUGAACAACCUUGUUCUGUUUGACAAAGCUACUUAUGACAAGCUGUGCAAGGAGGUGCCAAACUACAAACUCAUCACACCUGCUGUGGUCUCUGAAAGGCUGAAGAUUCGAGGCUCCUUGGCUAGAGCCGCGCUCCAGGAGCUUCUCAGCAAAGGCCUAAUCAAACUGGUGUCCAAGCACAGAGCCCAGGUCAUCUACACCCGAAACACCAAGGGGGGUGAUGCACCAGCUGCUGGGGAGGACGCAUAAAAGGUUCUUGGGAGGUUUUUUAAGACUCUGUAAAUGACUAAAAUAAAAUAAUUUCAACUCCUGAA